CUGUUUGGCGCCGGCUCCCGGCUGGACCAGCUGGUCAGAUGGCUGGCGGGCGGCGAGUGCCUCAUCGUGUUUGACGAGUGCCACAAGGCCAAGAACUUGCUGGACGCGGCGGGGUACUCCAGCCAGACCGGCCUGGCGGUGGAGGCGCUGCAGCACCAGCUGCCGGACGCCCGGGUGCUGUACAGCAGCGCCACGGGCGCCUCGGAGCCGGACAACCUGCGGUACAUGGUGCGGCUGGGGUCGUUUGGCUACACGCACAUCGGCCAGAUGAUCGACGUGCUCAAAUCUUCGGGUCUGGGCGCGCUGGAGAUGUUCAGCAUGGGUCUCAAGGCCUCGGGCACCUACCUGUCCCGCACGCUGUCGUACAAGGGGGCGGAGUUCCGACUGGAGCAGGUGGACAUGGACCCCGUGUUCAGGGUCAUGUACGACAGGUCUUGCUCCCUGUGGGCUCUCAUCUACAAUGUGAUGCGGCAGGUGAAGCCCAAGAGCAAGGGCAAGGGCAGCCGUGACAAGCGCGCCAGCCUGUUCUGGGGAGCGCACCAGCGCUUCUACCGCCAGAUGCUGAUUGCGUCCAAGGUCCGGCGCUGUGCCGAGCUGGCGGAUGAGGCCCUGACGGAGGGCAUGUGUGUGGUGAUCGGCAUGCAGUCCACCGGGGAGGCCAACCUGAACAGCGCGCGGGAGCAGGGCGGCGGCGGGGGAGCGGCGGGCGGCAGGCGGAGGCGCAGGGGCGCGGCGGAUGCGGAGGUGGCGGGCGAGGAGGAGGAGAUGGAGGACUUUGUGUCGGCACCCAAGAUGGUGCUGCAGAACUUCAUUUCUCAAUGGCUCUUCCCCGCGGUUGUGGACGAGGAGGAGACAACACCACUCAGGAUGCGCAAGCUGCAAGUCGAGGUCUACCGCAUCUGCAAGGCCUGGCAGCAGCUGCCCAGUGCGGUGGAGGAGGCGGACAGGCUGGCGCGGGAGGCCAAGCGGCAGGCCAAUGUGGACGCCCGGGCAGCUGCCCGAGCUGCUGCUGCAGCCGGCUCAUCACCCCCGAGCGCUGCGGCAGCUGCGGCAGCGGGAGGCGCUGGGCCCUCCAGGGCCGCGGCAGCAGCAGGGAGUGCGGGUGCGGGUGGUGCCCUCAGCCCUUACGGACGAGCAGCAGCAGCCUCUAGGCAGCCGCAGCGGACGCCGGCGCCGGCGCCUAGGGUGGUGCUUGAGCUUGAUGAUGAUGACGACUUUGUGGAGAUUGUGGAGGUACGGCCGGCUGGGACGCCAGCCCCUGCUACCACACCGGCGCAGCGACGAGGCCAGCAGCAGGAUCAGAAAGGGGUAGUGGUGAAGACGCCUGUUGCACCGGCUGCUGGGGAGUCCUUGGGAGGAGGGGCUGCAGCAGCAGUUGCUGCUGUGGCUGCUGCUGCCCUGAGUGUGGAUGAGGCGCGGGAUGACGACGACGACGAGGACGAUGUGGUGGUGGCGGGGGAGCGCUCCCUGGACGAGAUCCUGGAGGACAAACGGCGCCGGGCACUGCUCACGGGCGACUUGAUUGACCUGGCUGCGUGCGGCGAAGAGGAAGACGCGGAGACGCGACAGGCGUUGGCGGAGAUCAAGCAAGAGACGUGUGAUGCGGAGGAGAAGAAGCGGCGCGGGGCUCAGCGGGCCCAGCUGGAGGCAGAGCUGGCUAAGGCGAGGAAGCGUGUGGCGGUGGAGCAGCGGGAGGUGCAGCGGCUGCGGAGCCAGCUGGCGAGCGGCGGUGCUGGUACAUCGGCCCAGACGGGAGCCGAUGCCUGCCGCAAGCGUAAGGCAGCCCAGCUUGACGCCAACGGCGAUGUCAUCAUGUCGGAACGGAACGAUGAGGAGCAGCCCGGCGCUGCUGCCAAGGCUGCCAGGCGCAACAGCAGCGAGACUGCUGCCGCUGCUGCUGCCGCCGCUGCCACACCCACACCUUCUGUAGUACAGGGGGUGGAGCAUAUCUCACUCCUCUCAUCAGACGAUGAAGCUGACGACGGGGCAUCCGUUCCGGAGCCACAGGAAAGGCAUGCCGCUGCUGCUGCUGCUGCAGGAGCAGGGGCAGGGCCAAGUGGUUCUGGAGUGGGGCCAGAGAGUGUGGCCCUCCGGGCUGCUCGGAUCCGCCUCAAAACUGCCGAGGCGGCGGUGGCUUCAUUGCAGAGGAAGAUUGAGCAGUUGGGCAACGGCAGCGGCCGAAGCCCACCAGGGCAAGCGAAGCAAUGUGGAGGCAGCGGUGCUGGGGCGGUGGCGGGUAGGGCAGGGGGUGAGGGCCGGCGGUCCGCCCGUGUUGCUGCUGCGGCAGCGGCUCCCAGGCGUGGCAGCGACAGCAGCGGUGGCGAGGUCCUGGGUAGCAGCGAGGAGGAGGAUGGGGCCGCUGGCGACGACAGCGAUGACGAGAGCUGGUGUGAGGAGGAGGCGGAGGAGGUGGAUCCGGCGGCAGCGGGGCCGUCGACGUCAGGCCGGCGGCGGAAUAGUACAGCCGCAGCAGGGGCAAGGGCGGGUGCGGGGGCAGUGGCGGGCUCCUCCGCUAACCUGGCGCUGUACCGCCACACCGUCAAGCACAAGCCCCUGCGGCGACAAAAUAAUGACAACAGUGACGAGGACGGUGAGGACCUGGAUGGCCUGGUGGACGAAAACAACAACGACGAUGGUGACGAUGAUGACCUGAUGCGCAGCGUGCUGGGCGGGGCGUCCAACCAGAGGCGGGGUCCCGAUCGGCGGGCUAGCUCUGGAAGCGACGGGGAGGAGGACGGUACGGCAGCAGUUGAGAGCUUCUUGCCGCCGGAGCUCCAGGCGUGCCGUACCAUGCUACUCAGGCUGCUGGACGCGCAGGAGCUCCCCCUGAACCCGCUGGACCAGCUGACGGAGCUGCUGGGCGGGGAGGGGGCGGUGGCGGAGAUGACGGGGCGCAGGAUGCUGCUGGUGCGCAAUGAGGAGGGCAAGGUGGUGUGCAAGCAACGCCGCGAGGAUGAGGCCCAGAAGAUGGUUAACAUGGCGGAGAAGGAGGACUUCAUGAGCGGCAGGAAGCUGGUGGCCAUCAUCAGUGAUGCAGCGUCCACCGGCAUCAGCCUGCAGGCGGAUCGGAGGGCUGCCAACCAGCGCCGCCGCUUCCACAUCACGCUGGAGCUGCCCUGGAGUGCGGACAAGGCCAUCCAGCAGUUCGGCCGCUCGCACCGCUCCAACCAGGCCUCGGCGCCCAUCUACUGCCUGCUCGUCACGCAGUGCGGUGGAGAGUACAGGUUCGCAGGUGCGGUGGCCAAGCGGCUGACCUCCCUGGGUGCGCUGCUGCGGGGGGACCGGCGAGCGCUGGGGGCGUCCUCCGACCUCAAGCCCUUUGACGUGGACAACAAGUACGGCCUCAUGGCUGUCAACCGGCUGCUCGAGUGUGUGGCCGCGGGUAUGCACAACGUGGCGGGUGCGCGGGUUCCGGAGCUGCCCGAGGAGCAGCUGUCGGCUGCUGCGGCCGCCAGCCGGCCCGGCAGCGGUCUGCGGGUGGAGGCGUUCAUGUCGGUGAUGCAGCUGGCGCUCAAGAGCAUGGGGCUGCUGGAGGACGCGGGCGGCCACUAUGUUGUGGCGGGCACCAAGCCCGAGGGCGGCAAGAAGAAGAGCACCGAUGUGCCCAAGUUCCUGAACCGCCUGCUGGGACUUCCGCUGGGCUCGCAGCAGCUGCUGUUCACCUACUUCACCAACAUCAUGGACUCGCUCAUUAAACAGGCCCGGUCCGCGGGCACGUACGACGAGGCCAUCCUCAACCUGGCAGCCUCCCGGGUGACCCUGGCGCACGAGGAGACCAUACACACCGACCAAGAGACGCAGGCCAGCACGCAGUACCUGGAGGUGGAUGUGGACGACGGCAUGUCCUGGGGUGAGGCCACCCAGGCGCUGCAGGCGGCGCUGGCGGACAUGCGGGCGGAGCAGGCGCCGCAGCAGCUGGUGGACAAGGUGGGCUUCUACGUGGCCAAGCGCAACAAGAACGUGGGCGGCAUGGGCCACCCGCUGGUGCUGCUGGCCACCGCCAUGCGCCGGGCCACGGUGGGGGCGCGGGCGCAGCAGGAGUUCCGCAUCCAGAGGCCCAACCAGAUCAAGGGUCACCUCUUCGGGCAGGGCGAGUUGCAGGACAAGUACGAGAAGGUGGACACCUCGACCGCCCGGAAGCACUGGGUGUUUUGGCACAACUACCUGCAGCACGGCUGCCUGCACGGACAGAACUGCGAGCGCCGGCGCCGCUUGGGCGCCUGCAACUACGGCUCGCGCGUCUACCGCCUCUUCCUCGUCUCCGGCGCGGUGCUGCCCCUGCUGCGGCAGCUCUUUGACACGGUGCAGGGCUCCUCCUCCUCCGCGGGCCGCUCCACCAACACCAAGGCCAUGCCGCGGGUGGCGAGGGUGGCGCUGGGUGACGGACGUGUGCUGGUGGGGAUGAGCCUGCUGGAGCAGGACGCGCAGAGCUUCGUGGCGCGGGUGACCACGUGAGGGGGGCGCUAGGGGGUGGACACAGAGGUGGCAAUGGUGAAGAGGAAGGUCGUGAUAGCGGUGGGGGUGGUUACUGGGGUGGCUAUGGCGGAGGGAAAAGGUCGUGAUGGCGUUAGGGGUGGACGGGUGAGGGCUGAGGGAGGCGGAUGCUAGGUGCGGGUGAAUAGUGCCCGGUGACUCGGGAUAUGUGAGUGUGAGUGUGGAGUGCGGUGUGAUUGCGAGGAGUGGAGGUAAGCGUGAUGACUGAUGAGGUAGUUGCCAGGUGCGAGAUGCGGUUGUGGCGAUCUUGGCUGCUGGAGUGGAGUGAAGGGUAGUCAGACGUUUACAUAACAUGUCUAUUUUGUUUCAUUCAUGCACAGAGCGUUAUGACAUGCCCGUACGGUUUGGCCUAACUGUACCAAAUCUUGUGUAGCACCCGCCGACCUAGCACCCACCGACCUACCACCCAC